UUAUAUAAAACUUGCAACAACAAAACUUUCGAAGAGGUAUUCAAUGUAAAAAACACCACACUACUUGUAUAUUUUUUGGGUAGUUAUUGUAUGAAUAAUGCCUACUGUGCAAUUCCCGACUCUCUUUGUAUUGAUUUUAGUUGUCAAUGUAAAUCUAAUUUUGUUCAAUCUAGUGAUCAGUGCGUAUUAGCAUCAUUGGGUAAAUCAUGCAAAGAUAAUUACGAUUGUCGUGACAUAAAAAAUGGUCUGUGUUCAAGAGAUAAAUUUUGCGCUUGCAAAGAUGAUUAUCUUGAACUAUAUGGCUAUGAAUGUACACCAAAAUUAGGUGGUUAUUGUGCCACUAAUGCUGAUUGCCAUUUUUAUUCAUCUCUUUGUUUUGAUAAUAAGUGUCAAUGUAAAUCAAAUUUUACAGCUGUAUCUACCAGUCAGUGUGUACUAUCAUCAACAGUAAAUUCGUGUAAUCAGGAUUUAGAUUGUGGUGAGCCAUGGCAUUCAAUUUGUUCGGACGAUAAAAAAUGUAUUUGUAAAUCAAAUAGUAUUGCAUCAAAUCGUUGGACAUGUUUACCAACUUUGGGUGGAUAUUGUUGGAAGGACGAUCAAUGUGUUACCAAAAAUGCUGUUUGCAUUGAUUUUCAUUGUGAAUGCAAUUUUCCAUUCGUACGAAUAUCGAAUACUAGAUGCACACAUUACAAAUAAAGUAAAAAAAAAAAAGAAAAAUUGGUACAAACUACAAGAAUAAAUAUACUUGAUCUAAAAAAAAAACUGUAUUUUUCAUAUUCCAUAUGUACAUGGAGAGAAUUAUCUAAUGAAUUCACUUGUUAAUCGUGAGUUAAA